AUGACGAGACUACCUUCUCAUCUCCUCGCGGUGGCGACCCUUUCCCUCUGUGGCCAGGCAUGGGCCUUUACGACCCCUCGUGCUCCAACACGACAACUUUUGUCCAGCCUCGCUGCAGUCCCCGUGACCAACGAACAUGUGUUGAGCAAUGGUGGUGGAGUCCCCGUGGUCGCUGCUGGCGGCAAUUCACUGUUUGAUCCCAACGAGGCAGGCAAGUUGGGGGAUACCGAUAUCUGCUUAGAACGCAUCCAACAAGGAUCUUCCUAUCAAUUCCUGACGUCCACUAGUGAACCCGCCAUGGAGGCCCCUCCUCCCGGUGUCGAUGUGGUAGAUGCUCAGCAUUGGCUCGAAGAUAUUGAUCUCCCUCUCAAUUUUGCCAAACCUCAAAAGCCGGCCAUUGCCACUGUCUUGGGUCGUCAGCGUAUUAUUACUGCCGACGCUCCUGGAGAUAUUCAGCACGUGGUCUUGAAGUUGCCCGAGGGCAUGCAUUACUUUGAAGGACAAUCUCUUUCCGUUAUUCCCCCUGGACUCAAUGAAAAGGGAAGGCCUCAUAAGCCCCGUCUCUACAGUAUUGCCAGUACGCGCUAUGGAGAUCUUCUCGAUGGAAAGACAGUGUGCCUUUGUGUGAGGCGUGCCGAAUUUGUCGAUCCCAUUACGGGACAAGUGGAUCCGGCCAAGCAGGGAGUCUGCAGCAACUUUUUGUGCAAUGCCGAACCAGGAACACAAGUCCAAGUGGCGGGACCUGUCGGAAAGACCAUGCUCUUGCCAGAAUCGCCCGACACGGAUAUCAUCAUGGUCGCUACGGGGACCGGUAUUGCCCCCUUUCGAGGAUUUUUGCACCGACUUUUCAUGGAAAACACCGUGGCCAGGCACAUGUUUUCGGGCAAGGCGUGGUUGAUUCUAGGCGUCCCCGUCACUGGUGGACUCUUGUAUGCGGAUGAAUUCAAGUACAUGGAGUACAACGCUGCCACUGGUGCUGCUUCAGGAGAAUUAGAAGUCGACUACGCCAUUAGUCGAGAAAUGAAAAAUGCUCAAGGAGGAAAAUACUAUGUCCAGGAUGCCUUGGCAGAGAGAGCCGAUGAACUCUUUAACCGAUUGGAAAACGGAGCUCACAUCUACUUUUGUGGAUUGAAGGGAAUGAUGCCUGGCAUCUUAUCUGCCUUGGAAGAGGUUGCAGCCUCCAAGGGCAUUGUUUGGGCCGACAAGCUCAAGGAGCUCAAGUCCAAGGUACAAAUAUUUCACAGAAUUGUUGUUGACCAGCGCGGGUUAUUGGGAGGAGGGUGA